AUGCUCUCUCGAAAGAAGAGUAAAAGCGAGUCGUCGAAACCGGCCGAGGUCCACGGAAAGUAUGUGAAGAAGGAAACGUCUCCGCUCCUCCGAAAUCUUAUGCCCUCAUUCAUACGUCAUGGCCCCACCAUUCCCCGCCGUGCCGAUGUGCCAAUCCCUGACAUGGGGCCCACUGCCUACCCGGCAGCACCUAGCCGGGAUCCAACCGUGUCCCGUAGCAAGAGCUUCCUCCGCGCCGCUGUGCCUCGUCCACCGCAGGAGGCGGCCCGUCGUGAGAGCCACCGCUUGUCCGCGCCCCCGUAUCCACCGCGCAGCCUGGGAGAGCUGCCGCACGAGUACGCCGGAUCGCUGCAGUCCUUUCUCACGGACGGUGGCCCCGUGUCGGAGAACGGGGACGGUGGACGCUACUACUACCACCCCGGGGAGCCUUCGUACUAUGACGGCCGGCAGCAACAGUCGCGGAGGAUGCCCGAACGCUUCCCGGACGAUUAUCGCUACUAUGAGCACGGUGAACACAACUUCCAAAGAGUUCCGAGGCAACACACUCCACCCACACCUAGCAGACCCCCCUCAGGCAUAGGUCGAAUCCAGGCCAAGUCACUGGGGAACCUCUCCAGCCUGACAGCAGAGGACCUGCCCCUCCCCACCGGUUGGACUGUGGACUGGACCAUCCGUGGAAGGAAGUACUACAUUGACCACAACACCAACACCACGCAUUGGAGCCACCCGCUGGAGCGCGAAGGGCUCCCGCCGGGCUGGGAGAAGGUGGAGUCGGCUGAGUUUGGCGUCUACUACGUGGAUCACAUUAAUAAGAGAGCACAGUAUCGGCACCCCUGCGCUCCGAGUGUGCCCCGCUAUGACCAGCCUCCGCCUCUGCCGCCCCUGCCUAUUACCUACCAGCCUCGCCCCACUGAAAGGAACCAGCCGGUGCUGGUGCCGGCCAAUCCGUACCACACCGCCGAGAUCCCGGACUGGUUGCAGGUCUACGCCCGUGCCCCCCUCAAGUACGACCACAUCCUGAAGUGGGAGCUCUUCCAGCUGGCCGACCUGGACACGUACCAGGGCAUGCUGAAGCUGCUCUUCAUGAAGGAGCUGGAGCACAUCGUCAAGUCGUACGAGGCGUACCGACAGGCGCUGCUCUCUGAAGUGGAGGCUCGCAAACAGCGGCAGCAGUGGUAUGCCCAGCAGCCCCCUGGCAACAGCUUCAUGUGA